AUGGCGACAAACAAUUCAACAAAUGCGGGGUCGGUCCGUGACACGGCACCGGGCCUUGAUAUCUUCAAAACUCCAGAGAAUUCGACUUUCUACUCAUCCAAUCUGUAUCGUAAUCUCGAUAAAAGGAAGCAGGAGAUUCGACUUAUCGAACUUUCUACCCAAACUGGCGGCGACGGUAUACUUGAGUGCAAGUUACUGCCUGCGACGUUGUUGACUGACAUUCGAAAACAAUAUCUGGCGUUAUCAUAUUGUGCAGGAGACCCCACAAACACAAAGGAAAUCAUGGUGAGCGGCGUCAAAUGUAACGUCUUUGCGAAUCUGCACCACGCGUUAGUUCUUGCUCGUCAUUAUUGGAUUCAAUCGUCUGAAGAAGGGCCACUUCGACUCUGGAUCGAUCAGCUAUGUAUCAAUCAGCACGAUUUCAGCGAGAGAUCGCACCAAGUCGGCUUCAUGAGAGACAUCUACCAGUCCGCAGAACGAACCCUGGCUUGCUUAUCAACUUCAACAACUAGUGGUGAAGGACUGAAAUGGUUCAACGACUUAUGCGAUGCUGUCCCUUUUCAAGCAGACGAUGAAUCAUUGAAAUACGACGCAGAAGAAAAAUUAGGCACUGAAGGCGGGACAGAACUACAAGACCUUACCCGCGAAAGUGCCGCACUGCGACACAUCUCCAAGUCUUGUGACUUCGGACAGCUAUGGUUCCGCAUAGGUGUCUAUCUCUGCGAUAACAUGUACACCGGGCAAUUUGUGGAUGGGUGGAUUGCAUUCUACGAUGUACUGACUAGCCCAUGGUGGAAUCGAGUUUGGAUCUGCCAAGAGUUUCUGGUAUCCAGCCAGGUCACCUUUAUGUUUGGCAACCAUUUCAUCUCGUGGGAAAAGUGCUGGAGAAACUUGGAGAGCUUUUGCAGUACAUAUGAAUUCGUCUUGCGACAUCGAAAUAACUUCCAGAAACUCCAGGAGCGAAAAGGCCUCUCGUUAGACUCUACCGACGAUGGCCAGGUUUGCCGCCUUCUCAAGGUCGUUCGCGACAGUGACAAUUAUCGUCAAGCCGCUCAUGUGAAAAGGGCCGUAAAGAUGAAGAUUCACUGGAAUGGAAGCAUGCAUAUAAGGGCUCUCCUAUCACAUUCGAGGUCUUGCAAGUCAUCCGAUGAUCGUGAUCGAGUAUACGCUAUUCUGGGAUUAGCUUCGCCAGGAUAUCAGAUCUUCCCUGAGUACUCAUACCAUAUGACCGCCGCCCAGGUGAUGAUUACGACUACCAAGGCAAUCAUAGACAAGGAAGAUAGUCUUUGUAUCCUUGUGCAAGCUACUACAUUAGUUCGAUCAAGGAAUCUUGAAGUCCCUUCAUGGGUCGUGGAUUGGACUAUCACCGAAGAGUCGCAGAUUCCAGGUGAUCAUUUUGGGAAUAUGCUGUUAUUCAUAAUGCACGGAUUCACCCAAGAAUCUCCAGAACAUAUAUAUGAAACUAUCAUAGAUGCGUUUCGUCAGACAGAAGCACACAUUAUAAGGGUUUAUGGAAGAUUUAUCACAAACAUAUUGGUAGAAACGAGGGAAUGGCCGUUUGUGGAAUUUUAUAGCGUCCGAGGAUGGAAAUACAGGGCUCUAGCUUCUAUCGCCGAUGAAGAUGAAUUAUGGAUGUUACAAGGGCUUAGAGUACCCAUCGUCCUGCGGCCAUACCGCGAUGGGUACCAGGCCAUUAGCUGUGCCUUUACAAUAGAGCCGGGUGGUAAUGGUUUGAAUGAAUGGCUGAUGUCCGCUGGAGAAGGGAGGGCUAAGAGGAGUCGCAUAGUGUUAUACUAG